AUGAAUCUCUCAAACUACAUGUCUACUAUCAUGUCAGAGGCGCGGCAGUUCGGCAAGGCUUAUGUGGACUCACUAGUUUCACCAGGAGAUGGAAAAGAUCACGAAACCUCUAAUGGACUUGUGAGAGAAAAGAGGAAUAAAGAAGAAGAGGAAGUGGUAGUAGCUCCCUCUUUCUCCUCAAUCUCACAUUGUAGAAAUAUUGGAACUUUCAAUGACAGGAAAAGCAAUGAUAAAUAUAAUACUAUGAGUAGUAGUAGUAAUAAUAAUAAUAAUAGUGGUAGUAGUAGUAGUGGUAGUGGUAAUAAUUCCUAUUCACUCUCUCAAAAAGGUCCGUUGAUGGCAAAUGGUGGAAAAUUUUCUGUAUCAUCUUCUCAUCCUUCACCUUUGAUGGUUGAUCUUGAUACACCUCCUCUUCCUCCUCCUCCUAUUACUACUACUAGUGAUAAUACUACUAACACUAUUACUACUACUACUACUACUACUACUACUAUGAGUGUUCCUGAGGCAGUGAUGUUAACAACUGGAGUUCGAAAGAAUAUAGGGAAAAAAACAAAGGCGUCUCGAUCUAAAUUUGGGGCAGUGAAGAUUGAGUUGGAGAGUAUGGAUCAUCAUAAACCCUCUGUAAUGCCUACUUCUUCAACUCCUGUACAGAUAUCGCAUGAACCCCCAAAGUCUUUUAAUGACAACAAAAGUAACAACACCAGUAUUGAUAAAGAAUCUUUACAGGCAUCACAAGAAACAACUUUAUUAAAAGAUGUUUCCACUAACAACAACAACAACAACGAAAACGAGAAAAACGAGAAGAAAUUAAAGAAUUGGUUUAAAAAACGAGAUACACUUUUGCAUCUUCUUUAUAAAGAUCUAGAUAAAAGAGCGAGACCUCCAUUAUCUGAAUGGGCACAAAACGUUAUUCGAGAUUUUGUUAAAAGAAUCAUGGAAGUAGCCCUUAACUUUGUUGUGAAUGAUAAGACUCUUCUUCUUAAUAGUAAAUCAAUAGUAUCCACUUCUUUAGAUAUCAGUUUAGAAGAAACUUGGCGAAAUUCAGAGAUUGUAUUUCGAUCAUCUUUAACACAUGCUAUUCCUCCAGAAGUGUUUACCCCAUUAAACAUUUCUAAAUAUGAUAUCUCUACAACUAAUAAUACUAAUACUAAUAAAACCAAUAGUAAUAGUAUUACUAUUAGUGGUAAUGUUAAUGCUAUUUCCCGUUCUCUGGAAUCCUAUUCUAAAGAAGGAACCUCAUGUUUACAUCAGGCACUUUGGAAUGCCGCACAACGAGCCCAGCAAUGGUGUGGGGAAGGACAUCUUAAGAUGUUAUUAAUACCAUCAUCACUACGCUCUAUAGAUACAGUGGAAAGAGGAAUAACAGAGUUUUUGGAUUCCUGUUUUGGACCCAUCUUAUUUCUAACAGCUGAAUAUUAUCAAAAAUGGAUUCAAUCACAUCUCUCUCUACAAGAGAUGGAAAAAGAAAAGGAAAAAGAAAAAGAUAGUGAACUUGAAAUAUGGGCUAAAGAGAUGAUGAGAAUAUUCUCUCUGGCCAUUAUGGAGGUAGAUGUGCAAUCGCAACAGAUGAUCUCAUUAGAUGUUCAUGUGGAGAAGAGAAAUCGUGAAAAGAUUGAAAUGAGUUCCCACACAUCUCUGCAGGCCGCUGUGGAGAAGGGGACCUCGGCACUUUGGUUAAUGCGAGAGGCAACACUGUUGACAGUCUUGUUCGUUCGUGUUCUUCGUAUUGGUGUACUCUGCGAAGUGGAAUAA